CCCAGGCAGCUCUCUGCCCUCCCCAUUGCUCUCUGUAUAUUCCCUUUUGCCUUACUCCAGUCCAGGCGCUGUGCUUCCUGCUGCGCACCUCGGAGCCAACAUGGCAAAAUGUGGAGAAUGCGGCCCAGGAUAUGCAACUCCCCUGGACGCCAUGAAAGGUCCCCGGGAGGAGAUCGUCUACCUGCCCUGCAUCUACAGGAACACUGGCAUCCAGAAGCCGGACUACCUGGCCACCGUGGAUGUUAACCCCAAAUCCCCACACUACUGCAAGGUGAUCCACCGCCUGCCCAUGCCCAACCUGAAAGACGAGCUCCAUCACUCGGGGUGGAACGCCUGCAGCAGCUGCUUUGGGGAUGCCACAAAGAGUCGCAAUCGUCUCAUUCUCCCAAGUCUGAUCUCAUCCCGCAUUUAUGUGGUGGAUGUGGGCACGGACCCACGAGCCCCCAGAAUCCAUAAGAUUGUGGAGCCUGUGGAGUUGUUCUGGAAGGGGAACGUGGCACAUCCCCACACCUCCCACUGUCUGGGCAACGGUGACAUCCUGAUCAGCUGCUUGGGAGAUCCUUCCGGCAAUGGGAAAGGUGGCUUUGUUUUGCUGGAUGGAGAGACCUUUGAAGUGAAGGGAAACUGGGAGAAAGGGGGGAAGUGCCCUCCCUUUGGUUACGACUUCUGGUACCAACCGCGACACAACGUCCUGAUGAGCAGUGAGUGGGGGACCCCCAAAGUCCUGGCACAUGGUUUUAACCCAGUUGAUGUUGAGAAAGGGCAUUAUGGUCACCACAUCAACGUGUGGGACUGGAGCUCCCACACCCUCAUUCAGGCGAUUGACUUAGGGAAGGGCUCCAUCCCUUUGGAAAUUCGUUUCCUCCACAACCCUGAUGCUGCAGAAGGAUUUGUUGGAUGCUCUCUGGGCGGAACAGUGCAUCGCUUCUACAAGACAGAGAAAGGAGACUGGGCAGCAGAGAAGGUGAUUGAAGUACCCAGAAAGAAAGUGCAGGGAUGGCUCCUCCCUGACAUGCCUGGUCUCAUCACUGACAUCCUCAUCUCACUGGAUGACAGAUUUCUCUACUUCAGCAAUUGGCUGCACGGUGACAUCCGCCAGUACGACAUCUCCAACACACGCCAGCCCAAACUGGUGGGGCAGGUGUUCCUGGGAGGCAGCAUUGUAAAAGGUGGACCUGUGACUGUGGUGGAAGACAAGGAGCUGAAGUGCCAGCCAGAGCCAUUUGUGAUCAAGGGGAAGAGGGUGCAGGGCGGACCACAGAUGAUUCAGCUCAGUUUGGAUGGGAAGAGGCUGUAUGUCUCCACCUCUCUCUACAGCGGAUGGGACAAACAGUUCUACCCGGAUCUCGUCAAGGAGGGCUCCGUUAUGCUGCAGAUCGAUGUGGACACUGAAAGAGGUGGAUUGAAAGCGAAUACAAACUUCCUGGUGGAUUUUGGGAAGGAGCCUGACGGGCCGGUGCUGGCUCAUGAGAUUCGUUACCCCGGUGGUGACAGCACCUCGGACAUCUGGAUAUAAGUGUGUGAAUGAGUCCAGUGAACCACUGACUGAAUUUCAGCUUCUAUUGGGGUGAGCCACAGAAGCUCCACUUUAUGCUCAUUCUCUGAGGCAGCCAAGUAAAUCUGAAACACAUCCUACAUCUUUCUUAUUCCUCUGAUCUUUGCUUUUGUAAAGAGCUGUGCAAUCACAAACUGCCUGCAGGCCGACCUCACCGUCUGCAAGGACUGUUUGCUGGGUGGUGGAGGAACCGCUCCUGGGUAACUCCAGAAGAAGUGCACGUUUCACGGAGUGCCCUUUCCCUACAAAGCUUAAUUUGCUCAUCAAGUAAUCAGUGAUUUACAGUACAGAAUCCUGCACUGCUAACCCGAAGCCAUGCAUUUCCAGAGCUGGGUUAACUUUUAACGCUUGUGCAACAAUGCUGUAUAAGAAAAGUCAACAAUAAAACCAUUCUUUGAAUAAGGUGGAA